AUGCCUGCUGCCUGUGAUUCGGUGCUUGAAGAUAUUGAAGAUAUUGUGUCAGCAGAAGAUUUGAAACCGCAUGAUCGGCAGUUUGUGAGAAAGAACGUUUUUCCAAAAGUGCGAAAACGCAAUUCACAACAAAAUGUUCAGGCAGAUGAUGAUCCCCCAAGUGACAGCAUUAUUCCUGGUGCUCAGAAAAUCUGGAUUCGUACAUGGGGAUGUUCACACAAUAAUUCGGAUGGUGAAUAUAUGGCUGGACAGCUGGCUGCAUAUGGAUACAAAAUUACAGUGUUCCAGAAGCUACUUCUGGCUUGUCAAGAUUCGGAUGACUGUCGUGUGCUUUUGGAAUUUUAG